AUGCUCUGUCUGUGCGCCCGUUUCAUGAAAGGCCAUCCUCUUGAGCCGGAAAGUGUUUACGCUGAUUAUGCGCGAACUCAAUUGGCAAGUCGAGUCUUCGAGGCACCGUCGCUAUACCUGGCUCAGUCUCUGGUUAUGAUCACGUUCUAUGAGUGGGGCUCCGGUCGUCCGUACAAAGCAUGGAUGUAUAGUGGCAUGGCGACGUACAUGAUCCAAUCUCUUUUAAAAACGGCAGACGAUAGCAUGGAGCACAAUCCGGAAGAGUUUCACGCGUCACAAAUUCAAUAUGAACAAUUAGUUCGGACGUACUGGUGCUGUUUUGCGCAGGACUGCGAGCUAAGCUCAGGUGCUCGACAGCACUUUGCUCUGUCAUUUCGCCAGAUUUCGGUUCCCCUCCCCAUCAGCGAUCAGGAUUUCAAUUUCGGCCGCCGUUCUACAUCUCGACUAAUGCCAGCAAAUAUGAAUCGACACUCGCUGCUCUCUUCGGACUUGACGAUCGAUCGUGGUUUGACCAUAGUGACCCGUGGGUUUGAUAUUUUUGUGCGUAUCCUGCGAUUUGCAAAUGAAAGCCGUCGAGGUCGCACGUCAUCACCUACCGUCUUAUCGUCACCACAACUGACCUGGCGUACUCUCAAGGAAGAGCUUGACGAAUGGAGGUCCUUGCAAGAUGUUACAGUUCGAUAUCCUGCAACGAGCGCCCAGGCUCACGUUGCUCUGGGGUACGGUGAGCUUUUCGCUUAUAUCAACCUGGUUUACUUCAUGAGCAUUCUUUUCCUCCACCGUGACUCCGUGCUUUCUGGUUCGAAGCCAUUCGCCGACCGGGCGAUAAACGCGACCGAAGACUUCAUCGGCUGCGAAGAGGCCAUUGACCAGCUUUUCGAGGCCGCACAAAAUAUCAAUGGCGUAUUAUCCGCACUUGAAGCAUCAGAGACACCAGUUAUCACCCCCUAUGCUGGUUUCAGCGUCUUUGUUGCGGCCCAUAUCAAUAUGUACGGCACCGUUUCUCCGCUUCGGUAUCCCGGUGGGCGUGAACGAGCGGAGCAAGAAAGGAAAGCCAAUUUCUCAUAUCUCGAACGCCUCUGUGAGUAUUGGCCAGUCGGUCAGAGCUGGUGGCGAACUGUGCGGGAAGCGGAUAAGUUUUAUCGAACGGCUAAGAGUAAUCACUUUUCCGACGAGCGUCCCAGUCAUCUCACCCUCGCUGGAACUCUGGAUGAGUAUGGAGACAUCCGUUCGUCGCGUCCUCGGAAUGAUCUAUCAAUAUCAAUGCGAAGGCGAGAGACGGUGUCUUCCGACGCCGUUGAUUCGGCACAAGAGGACCCGAGAACCACACACAAUAGUCAAAUAAAUAUUGCACCAGGCCAUAACGCAAUGCUUGAUUCUUACGAUCUGGAAGCGGAAAUGCUACAAUGGCCCUUCAUCGACGAAACAUGGUUCCAUGGGUUCGAUACAGGGUUUGAUGCGGCAUGGCCUAACUUAGGCUGA